AUGGGCACUUCUCCAUCGGAACGACUACAAUGGGCAGUAACGCUGCUCGUCAGGGUAUUUCAGGGUGGUGCAGGACCGCAGCCGGUUAAGUCACGUGCAAUAGGGUCAAUGAUGUCAUAUGAGCGCUGCUCGCCAUCACAACGGCCUCACUCACCGUCGCUUGUCUGCAAGACGGGCCAGAUGUCCAGGGUGAUGGGCUGGGUCGAGGCGGCGCAGGAGGUCGCGCGCGUGACCAACUGGCCGAUCGUGUCGCUCAAGCACGACGACUUCACGCAGUACUUCCUCGACCGCCAGGCGCUGGACGGCUGCAAGCCGUCCGCCGUGUUCAAGACGAACGCGGACGGAUCCCAGAUCACCCACGUCGAGGUCCACGCCGACAACAUGAACUGCCCUGCCGAGGUGCCCAUCACGAUUCCCGGCGGCGGAGCCAGCGGCGGCCGCACCGACCAGGUCGGCUCCGAGCCCCCCAUCAUCUGGGUCAAGCUCAAUGGUGGCCAGGCCACCGUCCAGCUCAACAACCCCGUCAAGCUGUAA